AUGUAUAACCCUGGAUUGAGCCAUCCUUCGAAGAGAAUUAACGUCGAACACUAUCAUAAGCCAACCUACUCUGAGAUAGCGACUUUUAGCUUUGCCAAUGAACCCACUAUUUUCCAUGCUCGCAGAAAAAUGACAGUUGGAGAUCACCAGGGCGCCAAUUAUUCAGACACUAAUGCCGGCGGACGGGUCAUUCAAAGUGAUUCAUGCCCAGGAUUUUAUCAGGACAUGAAAGAUGCUCUCUUCCACGCUGGUCGGGCCAUAAUGACGGCAGUGGGUGCUUAUGACGCAAUGUCUGGCAAAACCGAGGUGACUGAGCACAAUAACAAAGCCAAUAAGCAGCAACUCCAAGAUAAUUUAGAGGGAGAUGAACGAAGAACUUCCUCUUUGGUUCAGCGGCCACCUAGUAAAAAGCCUAAAGCAAUCGAAAACUCGGCCAUAUUCGUAAAGGAUACUCCGAAAAAACAGACGCACAGCAUAGUGGACCUGGGCGAAAGACUCAACAAUUCGAUAACACCUGAAAAGCAAGGAAAAGCGGAGUUUUGUACAAUGAAAGAUCCUUUCAAGUGGCAUCAGCAAGGCUCUGAAGGUCCAGUAUCAUCUAACAAGAGGGUCCCAUACGGUAGUUCUUUCAUUCGAAAAAAAAGCAGUAGAGGAAAAACUAGUAUGGAUAACAUACAGCUUACUUCAAAAAGCCCGAUGGAGGAAAUUCGCUAUCUAAGAAUGGUUUACAAUGGACAGUAUAAAGCGCCUUCGCUCAUAGAGAGCCACAAAGAAGAACAAAUGCUUCUUCGAGAGCAUGAACUCAAACAAUACCGCAUGUCUUCAUCCACGCAAUGGAACACGUUAACGGAAAGGAUUAAAGCGAUCAUGCAGAAAAGUCUUAAUAAACAGGACUUCGAUAAUGAUCUUAUACUUUUGAAAGAGCGUAAAAUCAACCCCAGUGAGCUGGGUCAACAACGAUUACUGGGCCGCGAGUUUAGGUUCGAUACUUCAAUUUUGACUUUCAAGGAAGAAUUCGAGAGCUAUAAAAGACUAAAGGAGGAGAGGGACCGAGUUCAACUAGAGGUGAGGGAGAGACGUGAACGGUUGAAGGUUUUAGUGCCGCAACUCACAAAGGACGACUUGCAGAAAGUCAAAAACACACAAAAUCGCUCAGAUAAUGGUGUGGUAAUGAAUAAACACAACAUUGAAUUGAAAGUUCAUGAUUUCAAGACAUUAGCACCCCGGAGGUGGCUCAAUGACAUUAUAAUCGAAUUCUUCAUGAAGCAUGUUGAACUUACCACACCGCAAUUAGUUGCCUUCAAUUCAUACUUCUACACUUCCUUGUCUCGAAACGGGUAUCAGGGAGUAAGAAGGUGGAUGAAGAAAAAGAAAGCUGAAAUUGACAACCUGCACAAAGUUUUUGUUCCAAUCAAUCUAAACCAGUCGCAUUGGGCUCUAGGUGUCAUAGAUAUUAGCAAUAGUAAGAUCUAUUAUGUGGACUCUUUAUCCAGCGGGCCUGAGUCUAUGAGUUUUGCAAUAUUGAAAGAUCUCCAAAGUUAUUUGAUGCAAGAGAGUAAAGGGACCCUCGGUGAAGAUUUUGAACUCGUUCAUGCUGAUUGCCCACAGCAACCAAACGGUUUUGACUGUGGCGUCUACGUGUGUACUAAUGCGCUCUAUUUGAGCAAAGACGCUCCACUGACAUUUGACUGCAAGGAUGUGGAACGAAUGAGGCCCUACAUAGGACAUCUCAUUCUGUCGAGUGAUUAA